AGCUCGUAAGAGUUACUUGGAGUACCAAAAACAAUUUUAGUUAAGUGUAAAAAGGGAAACAAGAAGAGGACUUGUUAAGAAGAGUGCAGUUGAAAUAUAUAUCAUCAUCUUAAAAGAAAAGAAGGAGAGAGAAGAGAGAGAAGAAGAAGAAGAGAGACAGAGAGUGAGAUUAUUUGUAUCAUUAUCGUUAUAAUGAAUAUAGGAUCAUCUUCAUCUGGAUCAUCAUCCACUGUAACUGCCACUUCGUCUGUUACUGGAUCAACUUACAACAAUUACUGUGAUCCCUUUUAUCCCAACGGAGGCUCAUCUUCAUGGGCAUCAUACCUGCCACCGCCACCACCACCACCACCGGCAUCAUCAGUGGGAAGCCUUGCCGGUCCAAGUGGACCUUCAACGUCAACCUCUGGUUCCACUUCGGGACUUGAUGCUUCAUGUUACUACAACCAUGGGACAGCCGGCAAACCUUAUCAUCCCCAUCACCAUCACCAUCACCACUACACUUCAAUAUCUCAUCAACGAAGGAAAAGACGAGUCCUUUUCACUCAACAGCAAGUUUAUGAAUUGGAAAAGCAGUUUCGUACAAGAAGAUAUUUAACGGCUCAAGAGCGUGAACAGUUGGCUUCAAUUAUUGCUCUAACCCCGACUCAGGUUAAAAUAUGGUUUCAAAAUCAUCGGUACAAGUGUAAGAGGCAACAAAAGGAAAAGUCAAUGUCGGAAUCUCCAGGAUCAACUGAAUCUAAUCAUCAGGUUAAUUGUGAUGUAAACAGCAAUGAUGGUAAUACUGUUACUGGCAACACUCACAAUCCACCUAAACUGCAAACCAAAUCAACUGGAUUAUCAUCAAACUCAUUACUCAACUAUCACCAUUCAUCUGAACAUCCCGGUAAUCAUCAUCAAUCUCAACGUUCAUCAUCACCAAGACAAAUUGCUGUUCCAGUGCUUGUUAAAGAUGGUAAAUCAUUAAUACCAUCUGAAUGUCCAACUUCAAAUGAAUCUCAAGUGAAACAAGAAAUGACCUUUACUGGACCUCCACUGGUAUCAUCAUCAUCAUUUACUCUUCACAAUCAACAAUCAAUUGCACCUUACCAUCCUUACCAUCAUCAUCAUCACCAUCAUCACCCCUUCUCUGGUCCACCCAAUCCCAAUCCAAUGGGUCCAUCCAUUUGUCAUCCUUUUGCAUCAAGUAAUACCUUUCCUUUAGGCCAUCAUCAUCAGAGUCAUGUAACUUCAGCUGAUCCUCACCAUGAAUUCCUAUUGAGAAGUGCACAUUGGUAGACAGCGACAGAACCGCGAUUUGACUCACAAAAGUCAAAAUGCUGCUAAAGUGUUUUAAUCAACUCAUAAUAAGACAAUUACUAUUUACUAACUUCAUUUCAUGUUAAAUGUUUAGUUAUUAUGCAUAUGAACACUUUGGAUAUAAUAGAUUGAUCAGUGAUUAAAAUGUAUUGUAUUGAUUUGAUUUGCUGUCAAAUGCAUUUUCAUCUCAUUUUGUUAUUGUUUGCUUCCCUUCAUUUACACACACACAACCAACAAUCCAUUCAAUAUUAUUUACAAAUAAAAGUGUCACCAAAUGUAA